AUGAUUCUCUUCGAGCUUCCGGUCCGCUCUAUACAUACAUCAUCUAGCGCGGUCUUUAAGAUUUGGAUCAGAUGUAUCUCCACCGAUUCUGAAUUUGUCCGCCCCCCGGGGCCAAUGAGUACCUGGUCCAAAGAUGAAAUCAAUGCCUGGAGACGACGGAGAUACGCCAACGACAUCACUUACCGCGAAAAGAAUAUCGAACGCUCGACGAAUUACGGCAGAAGACCAGAUGUCAUUCGGGCUCGGAAAGAGCUGUAUGUUGAGCGGUAUGCUAACGAUCCUGCGUAUCGCCUACGGCUGUUACAAAGCAACGCGAAAUGGAAAGCUGGAAAUCAAGAAGCUCUCUCUCUAUACAAGAAGGAACGCUAUAAGAACGACCCUGAUUAUCGAGCCGCUCUGAAGGAAGAUUAUGCGAGGUGGCGUGCAAAGCCCGAGAAUCGGAAAUCUGAGGCCAAACGUGAAAACGAGCGCUACCAAAACGACUUGGACUUUCGAGAACAAGCUGAAGUUUGGACUUGCUACUUCUGGAUGACACAAAACUCAAGACAAAUCAGACUCUUCAGACAAAUCGGAUGGACCAGACGCCAAGUCUUGACCUUGACACGACAUGCGGUCUUGUUGAACUACAAAGCAGGGUGGGCUCCUGGAGCCGAGUCUACUGUCUUUGAUGAUGCUUGA